CAGUGGUUGAUUUCUCCCUUUCCGCCUGCCUAAGUAUGUCUGAAGCCAAACCUAUUGUCAUCUUGAUCGGUGGUGGCCACUGUUCUGGAAAAAAAACCUGCGCUAGCGACAUUGCCGACUGCCUCAUCAGACAUUCUCCUGAAAAGCUUGAUGUUCAGAUCAUCGAUAUGAAGGUAUAUCUCAUGUCCAAAUCUGCCGUCCAAACCUCCAAUAAUUAUAUUGCUCUUCCGUCGCGCUACGAUUUUGGGACCUUGUUGAAGGACCUCGCGCACAACGACCACGCACCAGAUGUUGUGCUCGUGCACGGCUUGUACGCGCUAUACAACAAGGAGCUCCGAGACUUUUCCUCAAUGAAGAUAUUUGUGGAUAGUGACCCAGACACCCGCCUAACCCGCUGGAUCAGGCGUGACGUGCUCCAAGGCGCAGCUCCGUUGGAGGACACUUUGACACAGUAUCUCAACUUUGCUCGCCCGGAGAUGAAUGAGUUCAUUUUUCCAACCAAGGAGUCUGCUGAUGUGGUGUUGCCGCGCGGCCCCGAGGAGAUUGGAAUCCGUUUGAUCGUCGAUGGGGUGGAGCCAUUAUUGAAGAAGAAGCAUAAUGUGAUCGGAAUCACCCGUGAAGACCUAAUAGCCCCUCCACUGCCUGGCAUCAACUCUUUGGGUGUAAGUGGGUUUAGAACCAUCGACUUCAAGGGUGAGGACUUUGACGGUCAGAAGGAGAGAUUUUACGGACUCAACUAGGUUCCUAGGCUCUGGAAAGGAGUUUUAUAUAGAGCGCUUCGCAUAAACCACGUUCAAUUAAAGACGAUAUUGUGUUAAGUGUGGUGCCAUCAUAUAGUAAGGAUUGAUACCAUAUAUACAGGGGUUGAUUUUUCCUCUCUAUCAUAUAUACGUUGUACAGCC